AUGUCGCAGCAUUGGAGAAGGCUUCCUCUCUCCGAUGAGUCUGCGCCUCCGCUUCUCUUUAAAUAUAACACAACAGCCAAGGGCUAUGAGUUCUAUCUGACCGACCUGACCUAUAUCUGGUCAGAACGCUUGAACCAUAGAGAUGUUUUGCAGCGAGCCGAAGAUGAAGAGACGAGUAUUGAUCCCAGCGAGGAUGCAGAGCAAUUCAGCGUGCUUCUGCAAAAGAUACAGGAUGCGUUCCUGGGCUCCAAAGAUAGCCGUGUUGUUCUGAAACCUGGAUUGAAAAGCAAUUCAUUGGAGGUCACGACAAUCACACGGCUUCCUGCUCCGUUAAAGCCUCUGCGAUGGACCUUGUAUCUUUCCAGAGAACCCCCAGCUGAGUUCACCAGGCAGUUGUUUCUGCCUCUGCUGAAAGAGCAAGUGGAUCGUGACAGGAGAGAACGGUCCCUGCUGGACCAGCUACGAGAGAAGGACUGGGUUCUAGGCAAGAUCUUCGACAAGAUCGAGUCCUCUGGUCUGGAUCUCAGCACCGUGUUCCCCGGGACAGCCGGUCUACGGGGUGCGAAAAGGGGUACUUCCUUGACUCACGCGGCGAAGUUCAUUAAGGGCGUCGCGCCUUUUGAUGAAAAGGCAUGGCGUAGUAGCUUUGACAGUGCCAAUGUUGGAUUACGCAUUGCGACCGAUCUCGUAGAUCAGGUCUCUGAUCCUUCAUCCGCCCUAGAUAAGCUCGAUGCCGCUCCGGAUAGAUGGUGGGAAAGCCUGGAAAUUGAGGAACCAGUCUCCAAGCCUUCACGGACGAAGAAAACCGAAACGAGGUAUGAAGAACCAUCUACUGCAGCUCCACUCAGCAGGGAAGACACAGCUAGUCUUGCGAGUAGCGAUGAAGAUGAAUUUCAGCGCCAGGAGACACCUCCUAGAUUAAAGCGCGCAAAACAAAAACCACAGCAGGUUGAACAUCCUACCACUGAGUCGGAUGAGGAAGCCGAACCUGUCCCUCGGAAGAGGAGCACUUCCCCGGCCCGACCCCAGCAGAAGCAGAAGCCCAAGGGCCUUGGGGUAAUCGGAGGCCCAAAGAUAGCCCCGGCAGCCCCAGCAGCCCCAAGAACAGCACGAUCGCUCUCUUCUACAGAAUCUGAGAGGUCGCCAGAGCCUCCUCCAACAACAUCUGGCAUCCCGCCCGCUGCAGACGAGGAAACGGAAUCCGAUGAAGCAUUGCCACCGCCACGACCAAAGCAAGUUGCAGACUCUACUACCAAGUCAGCGAAACCUACCGGACCAACUCAGAAACGCGUUCUGGGAACGAUAGGCGGAAGAAAGGCCAAGCCAGAGGAGAAGGAUGAAGAGAAGCAGCCAUCUUUGCCCGACUCUGCUGUCAGGAGGAGCCGUAGCCGUAGCCGGAGCCGAAGCCAGUCAACUGACGACGAGAGUCACUUGACAACAUCAACGCAGACAAAACCCCCUGUCAAACGGACCGGGAAACUAGGGGUCAUCGGCGGCACAAAGAAGACGAAAAGUCUUCCCACUCGCACUCCAUCUGCUGCUGCCAGUGGCCCUGCCGCGGAAGCAACCGCCUCUACGGACAAUGACCUAGACUCAGACACAGCAACAAGACCCAAAGCGACAAAAAAACAAGAACCAUCUCUCUCCCGAUCGCCAUCAUCAUCACCUGCACCUGCACCACCUCCGGAACCGAAACCAGAGCCAGAACCAGAGCGUGAACUAACAGCGCAAGAAAAAGCCGACAAAAAGCGCGAAGAACUAAAGCGGCAGCUCGAAGAAGCGAAGAGUAAAGCCGCUGUUAAGAAGAAGAGGAGGUUUUGA